CUUGUGCUGAAACGACACAAUGAAUUUGUAAACUACUGUUACUUGAUAAUGUUGUCCACUAGAUAUAAGGAGUAAGUCGUUUUAUGUUAAGUUUUUGAUAACUAAGUUACGAAGACACAAACAUGGAAUAUGAUGUUGGGAAGGGGUUCAGUUUGUUAACAAAUACCAUUAUUUAGACUAGAGACUAGUUUCCACUUGAUUUUAGACUUGUACGGAAGUUAUGAGGUGAUAUACACAUAUGGUGUCCUUAAUAAAACAAAAAAGGUUGAUUUUAGUCUAACUUAAUGAACUCAAUCAGAACAGAGUGUUUAUUUUUAUGUGACUGACACUUAAGUCCCAGUUGUUGAUAUGUCAACAGAAACAAUUCUGUUUUUUAAUCUGAACACAAACCACUGUUAUUGAUAUCUUCAAAGUUCAUUAUUUAUAGGAGCGGUAGGUGAAGACAAUUAUUGCUCUGUUUGUUCUACACUACUAAACUUCGUGAGGGAUUGUUCAGUAGCAUCUCGGAAAUCAGGAAGACUAUUAUCGGGACUAACAUUCAAUAAGCAUAUGCGUUAGUACGCAGUCACCGGUUCUGAUGUAAAAGCCAUUUCCAGCAAGUGAUUGAAUAAUCCUAGGUCACUGAAACUCCAAACAUAGAAACCUUCAAGAUGUCACAGUUGCACCGCUUUUAAUUCAAACCUUUCGUGAGGGUUGUCGCGGCACAUCGCUUUGAUGUGAUAACUUUUCGUUGUUUUUGAGACAUUUAUUGUGUUUCACUACAAUUGGAAUACAUUUUUAUCAACCGGCCUGUUUUGCGUCUGUACAUGGCAACAAUGAGUUCAAUGAAUUACUUCGUGGUUUGUUUUAUGAUUACCAAUCUAGAUCCCAAACUACAAAUUCCAAUGAGUUAUUAUGUAGAAUCCGAAAUAAACUGUUUCCUACCACUCUUCAUCCGCUUCUGUCAUACAUCUUUGUACUUCAGCGAAUCGGUUUUGCUGUAUUUGUUUACGUAUAUCUUUCCUGUAUGUAUUGGAGUCCUUGCUCUUUUCCCAUUUAGAUUUUUUACCUUUUUGCCUUUAUGAACUAAAUCCAUAGUCAAAAAUUUGUGUGUUCCAUUAAUCUGUUUCAAUGGUAGUUGCGUAUUCUAAGUACACUAAUAUUAACAAAGGUCUUUUGUCACACUUGUGAAUUGUAUUGCGUCGUCACUUUCCUAAGUAGUAACAUUUUUAGGGGUUCGGGCUCAAUACAAGCAGUCUGGUUAAUUUAUAGAUGUUUACGAUGUGAUCUAUUUAACUUAAUUUUGAAGCGUUGAUUGGAUAGCAUAAUGAUUAUGUGGCGAAUGUCAAGUAAUCAAUACUGUUGUAAACGUAUGUUAACUAAGUUGACUGGAUUAUAUGCUAAACGUAAAUAGCCACAAACGUUUGUGGUAUGUGGAGUCUAGUAUUGGAAUGUUCAAGCCUAAAGAUGAAUCACACCACUGCGGUCACAAAUUGUGUUUGAUCAUUCAGGAGCUACAAGUUGGUAGCUUGGGUUAAUAGGGCUUCAGUGGCUCCAGGUUCGAGAUUUUGAGCCAAAGCUUUACAAUAACUAUACUGGAACAAACAUACUCACUUGCAUAUUUUUACGCCGGUAUCAAAUACAUUUUUACUUCAUGUCUAUCCAAAGUUAUCAAUUUCUUCCUUCGAGAAGUUAAGGAACCUUUACGGUGUUGUGUGAAAUGUAAAUAUUUCUCUUCGUUGAUAACCUUCUAUAUAACGCUUGCAUCAGAAAGCCUAUCUAGGCAAACAAAAUCAUCAGCUUUAAAAAGUAAAAUACUGAUUUCACAGAGCUUAGCUGUUUGCUUGUCAACAUUGUCAGUAUUUAAAUCCAUUUUUUAUUAAAACCGUUAAACUAAUUCAUAUAUUUUUGUUACGUUCCAAUCAGUAGAAAAAUAGUAUUUCUGACGCUUUGUGACAGCGUAAAACAAUUUGCUCUGAAGAAGUGGUUUACAAUAAGUCACGAAAUGUCACUUUGAUAAAAAAUGUAUUUAUUAUUUACUUUCUAUCCAAUGCUCAAUUUAUCUGAAAGUAUCAAGUACAACUUUGGCAUCGAUACUUAUAAACUCAAACUGUUUCGGACAAAGCAAAAUGUGCUUGAUCGAACUUUAUUGGUAUUUCAUGUCCUUAAUCCGAAGUCUCGAUUUCAGUAAAAAUUAGUAGGAGUUAACUCAUAAUUCUUGAUCGCUGAUCGGUGUAGAUCAUAUCAUUUUUUAACAGCCACUAAAUUUUAGUGAUUCAUCUUUGUGCCUGAAUGUGGUCAAAAAUAAAUGUUUGAGUUUCAGACAGAACGUAUCGUGAUCUGAUAACUGUUUUGUCAUCGAAACAGACAAAUAGUUUUUGUCUCAAAUAUCAGCGCAUUCAGUUGGAAUUUAGCAUCAAUUUACCAUCAGCCAAUAUUCAUUGGUAAAUACUUGAAUUCCGCAUAAAGUCGUCACACAAUCGUUUAGCGAAACCUACUUUCUCCAAUAUUUAGCUUGAAGCCUAGACAUCAAGCAAAAUGUUCUCAUUUUGAUACGAAAUCUAUAAGGCAGUUGACUUUCUGUAUUUGAAUAAGUGAGAAGUUAGCGAGUAUGAAUUUCAUAUUGUCAAUUAAAUAUGAUCUAUGAGUCGUUUUAAUCAUUUAUUCAAAACUCUCUUUAGGUCCUCUAAAUCCAUUGGUCAAUUUUCUGUGGAUUCACAUAGACCCAAAAUAACCAAAUCAUGGAGUUUACGGGAUAGUUUUUUUGGUUUGAGACGUGGUCGAGGGUCAAUUUCGGAUACUCAUGAAUGGCAGUAUAUUGCCCCAAAGCUGUAUCAGUUAGAAGAUCAGUUUCAUCAUCCAGCUUCAAAAUGUGAUGUUUGGCGAUCUCUUUGCCCUCAAGAGUUACCUAAUGCAGCUGUUUAUCCUACAAUACCUGUUUACAGUUUGUCUAAUAAAGUCUUUGCUUCCUCUACAGGCCCCAAAAAGGGCUUGUUAGCAGUGAAAAAGUGGCAUGGGUCAAAGGACAGCCACAAUGUCUACCAUUCCAACUACUGGAAGACAAUAGAGAAUCGAAAAGCACAUGGAAUAUCUGUUUCUCUAUACGAGAAAAAUAUAUUUACUGGAAAACCAAAUGGUGGUCCCAUUGCUGAUGCAUUCGUUGUACGAGCUCGGCAUGAUUCUGCCUAUUUAGCUGUGGCAGAUGGUGUAAAUUGGGGCAAUGAAUCAAUGAAAGCUGCUAGAUCGGCAAUUUCAGCUAUUUACACCUAUUUAGAAUCGCAUUUAUUUGGUUGUAUGAAAGAGAAACACAACGUAAAAGACACAAGAGAUGCGGCCCAAUUAUUAUUUGAGGCUUUUUCUUUUGCUCAAGAGGAAAUUGUUUCCGUUACCACUGGUCUUACUACUCUUUGUGUUGCACUAAUUUUACCGGUACUAACAAAUACAACCUAUGAAUCACAUGGAUUAACAAAUGAACAAACUUCAGCAUAUGGCAAAGCUCAAUUUUCUGUUAUAAUAGCAAGCGUUGGUGAUUGUCAAGCAUUUCUUUUAAGUAAAUUCCAUGGUAUACGUGAAAUAACCGGUUGGGUAAGAACCUCUGUCUUGUCAUCUGAUAAUUUAUCAACACAAUCAAAUGAACAAAAUAAAUUGGAGAAAAUACUUGGACCACCUGUACGGGAUUUUCGGGAUACUGGUGGUGCAUUGGGUGCUGUGUAUAAAAAUGGCAAUCCAGAACUAAACAAUCUUAUAUGUGCUGUAACACUUUGUGAUCCAGGUGAUAUAGUUCUGCUUGGAUCAGAUGGACUAAUCGAUAAUUUCGAUCCAGUUAUUACACAACUAGCUGUUCCUGAAUCACCGCAUUUAGAUUUUGUUGAUGAAGAUGAUGAACACGAAGGACAAGGUGGUGAGGAGGAAAGCUCAUCCAUCGAUGAUAUAGGUAUUCAUGAAGUAAACAAUAACAACAAAAAUUCUGUCAAAAGUACUUCAUCUUUAUCUUCAGAUUCUUUAAAAUGUAAUUUUAAUAAAUCGCCAACUUCACCAUUAUCUCGCCCAUCCAAAUCAUUGCUACAUAAUUCUCCUUUAACCCCACCACCUCGAGUAAAUAUUUGGCCACAACCCCCACCCCCACCAAGUGAUCCAACAAAAUUAACUUAUACACCCGUUACAAAUAUAAAUACUACUAACAGUAAUAAUAAUAACAAUAAUACUAAUGAUAACAAUGAAACUGAGACAAUUUAUGCACAUCAAAUUAACUUCACCAAUCAACUUGAAUUAAACUGGUAUGAACGUAGAAAAUAUGCAGCGAAAGAAUUAGAACGUGUGUGGCAUGAAUUAGAUAUUAGUACAGAGAAUUCUAGUAGUAAAAAAGGCACUUUUAGUUCCAAAGAUUUAUGCGAAGCACUAAUUAAUCAUGCAUACAGAAUUACAACAAAACGACGUGAAUGGUUAGAGAAUCCGGAUUAUGCACAUUUAAGACAAAAUCAAAAUGUAGUACAAAACAACAAUGAUAAUAAUAAUAAUAAUAAACACUUUGAUAAUACUUAUUCAACGGAUUCACAAAGAAAAUGGUUUAAUGAUAUGCUUAGACGUAUGCCUGGUAAAUUAGAUCAUGCAACUGUAGUUGCCUAUGAAGUUGGAGUUUAUCGUGGUAAUGAAAAUGAAGUAUAUGAAGAGACAGCUCAUCGGUUUCUUGCCGCAAAUAAUUCGAACUCUCCAACUAAUCACUCAAUUAUAACACAUUCAGAGCCAUAAUAAUAAUAAUAAUAAUAAUAAUAAUAAAGUAACUUAAGAAAAAGCACACUAUACUUGUAUAUGCAAUAAGUGAUCUUAGAUAUCAGGUAUUCCCAUUUCCAUUUAUUCAUUAUUUGUUUUUUUUUAUAUUUUUAAAGAUGGUUCUUACUUUCUUCUUUGUAUAGAUAUAUAUUUUUUUUCGGUGUUGUUGUUUAUCUUCUCAUCAUAAAAAUAGGUUACCAUAUUGAAAGGUUGUUAUUAUUUUUUACCAAAUUAUAAGUAUUUAUAUCAUUAGUAGCUUUUAUUUAUAAACAUGAAUAAGAUCAUACUACAUAAUAUAGACACAAAUACAUGUAUAUCAUACCUUCAUUCAAUGUCUCAAUCCCAACAUAAAUCAAUGUUUUUUUUCUGUAACUACGCUUAUAUAACCAGUCUACAUUUUUCUCUUCACAAAAAGAAUGAAUAUUUAUUUAAAUAAGGAUCUUAUCUUAUGUUAUUUAUUUUUGUUAUGUACAGUACAUUGUAAGCUUUUAUGCUGAAUAUUUUAAAAAAAAUGAAUGAAUGAAUGAAUGAACGAAUUAUUUAUGUAUUCUAGAUUCAUGUCUUAAAAUCUGGGCUUAUUUCUCAUAAUAUUCAUUGACCACCACUAUAUCUGUGCUGGUUUAGUACAUUGUGUUCA